AUGGACUUUAACGCUGCAUUCGUAUCACUGAUCCUACUGAUAAACAUUCAAGUGAGGGAGACCAAUGUGACACUGAAGUGUUUUUACCCAAACAUCAACAUCAAAACUGGAUUCUGGUUCAGUCAAAAACAGAGAACAAACUGGAGAAACAAAGAUGAACCUGAAGAUUUGACUUUAGAUUCAGAUUACUCUGGACGAGUGAAACAGCGGAUUGCAAAGACUGGUUCAAAUCUCACAAUAUCAGAUCUGCGAGAGAGAGACAGUGGAGAAUAUCAGCUCAUGAUCAUUAUGAAGGAUGGAGUUAAACAUCUCAGCUCAGUCACAGUCAAUCUAACAGUCACAGUCCUGCAGGUGAGGAAACACCAGAACAAACUUAUAUGUGAUACCUCCUGCCCUUCAACCUCAAAACCUCAGCACAUCUACUGGAAAAAAGAUGGACGAUAUAUAGAAGAAAGUGAAUCUAAACCGUUUUCUUUAUCAUCUGCUGCCUACUCCUGUUUUCUCAGUCCAGACCUUAAAAUCUCCUCUGAUCCUUUGUGUCUUUCUGACAGUGGCUGUUGGGGUGUGACUUACACCUCUACAAGAGUUUGUGCUUUAGUGGGAUCAACAGUAGAUAUUCACUCUUCAUACUCACAUCCCACUGGAGAUACAGUAGAGAAAACAUACUGGCAUUUACCAAACAAUAAAAAUUUGGAUCUGCGUGAUGUUCAUCAGUUUGCUGGUCAUGUGGAGUAUAUGAACAACACACUGAGAAUAAAAGACGUCAACACGAGUGACUCUGGUGAAUAUCGAUUCAAGAUCAUCACUGACACAAACUCUUACUCUGGUUUACCUGGAGUCAUUCUCACUGUUACAGAUACACAGGUGAUAAGCAGUCCAGUCACUGUGUCAGAGAGAGGGAAAGUGAUAUUGAGUUGUUCAACCAAAUGCACUCUGGAUAACAACAUUACAUACUUGUGGUACAAGAACGGGCGUCUGGUAACAGAUGGAGUCAAACUAUAUAACAAACUGUACCUGGACUCAGUUAACAGUGAGGAGAUACAAGAAUAUUCAUGUGCUGUAGGAGAACUUUCAAAGAAGAGCACGGCAACACAAAUCAUCAUAGUAUUACUGUCUGUGUUACUGUUUCUUGCUGUCAUAGGGAUUCUGUGUUAUAGUUUCUUAAGGAGGAGGAGAAAGUAUAUAUCAUCUCAAAAAUGUGAUGACACAAAACCGGCUGCACAGCCUCAACCUGACUCAUCUACAUUGGAUAACUCCACACCCCUGUAUGCAGAAGCUAACUUUACCCACCAGACUCAGUCAGAGGAGCAGGACCUUCAUUAUUCAAGUGUUAACUUCAAGUCUAACAAAACCACUCCUACUAUUAUAUAUACAUCAAAUGAAAAUGUUUGUUAUGCCACUGUGAAGUCAAAAUAACCCUUAAAUACUCUUGCUGUUCACCAUAUUAUAACAAACAUGUCUUCAUGUCCAGGCCUGUGUGUUUCGAUAGUUUUAGUAAACAGUGACCAUUUAAUGAAGAAAGAGCUUGUGGUCAGACCCUAGCAACGGUAAACUAAGAGGUCAAGUGAAUGUUCAGUUUCAGAACAUUUCCAAGAUUAACUUGUUUAAAGCAACUUUGAACGGACAACUCUUUUAUUAGUUACUGCUACUGCAUUUUCAAAUAUUUCGUUAAUGUAACUAAUAAAUCUGUAAAUGUAAUUAUCAGUGUUGGGGGUAACGCAUUACAAGUAACGUGCAUUACGUAAUAAUAUUACUUUUCUGAAGUAACAAGUAAAGUAACGCAUUACUUUAUAAAUGUACACAUUAAUAAGUAUUUUUAAAUUUGAUGUUAAAAAAACCAAUGUGCUGCAUUAAACUGAAUAUAUUAACGUAGAUUUACGCACUCUAUGCGUGAGCGCCUGAACAGGAAAAGUUUGAGUCAAAAACAUAGAUGGCAGGGCAGAGAUCGACAUUUUUGUGUUGGAAAUAUGCAAUUUCUGAAUUCAGAACUUCUUAGUCGUAAAAGCCACCUCCAAGGUCUGAAAGAGAUCAAGCCUCAGCCAAGUAAGAAAAAGUAACUUAAAAGUAACGUAAUCAUUACUUUCCAUGAAAAGUAACUAAGUAAUGCAAUUAGUUCGUUUUUUGGGGAGUAACUUAAUAUUGUAAUGCAUUACUUUUAAAAGUAACUUUCCCCAGCACUGGUAAUCAUGUUCUGUCAUUUGUUAAAAAUGUUGGGUUUUUGGGUCAAAUUUGGACAAUCCCAAAAGUUGGGUCAUUCUAACCCAAGCUGACUAACCCAACAGUGGGUUUGUUCAAACUGUAUUUGACCAAAUGGGUUGAACAGCAUUUUUUUUUUUUAGAGUUUACUAACACAAGUUGUACAAAAAAGUGUGGUUUUUUUACUAUAAACAGAAAGAAAAAGGAACUGAAAAAAUAUUGUGAACUUUUCAGUUAAAGAAGUUUGUGGCCUUCAUGUGUUCUUUAAUAGGAUGUUGUUUUAUUUUUACAUGAUUUUUGUUUUUAUUUGUACAUGGUUUUAUAAAGCUUAUAUAUGUUUCUUUUUUCAGCGCAAUGAUCUAUCUUUUGUAAGUUAA